CGAGGAGUAGCUUCUGCUCUGUCUGCCGUCUGCCCUUCAACAGUUUCACGUCGCUGUGAUUGAAAGUAGAACCUUCUAUCUCUCUGUCGACUAGCUCUUGACAGGGUAUUUUCUUCCUUUUGAGUCCAUGCUUGAGUGAUCAAAAUGCAGCACCUAUCGCAAUCGCAAAUUUCUUUGUACAUGACCUACCCUACCAAAACAAUCACCAUGACAACUACUAUAAGUUUCUAUUUGCACCGAUUAGGUGGUUGAGCGUAACAACAAAAGGCUGAGAUGUCUGUUGAUCUUUUUUCCGUUUUAAAACGAAAGAAAGGAAUGUAAUUUAGUCCAUGUCAUGUCUCAGUCACAGAGGCUCCAGACCUCCCCCUCUGCUUCUAAAAGGAGUGUUGCCAGUGAUGCUUUGCCUAAUCUUUCUGCGACUGCUCUGGGUGGAGGGCCACCCAAGGUUCGCCGCCUGUCCUUAUUUCCCCGCAGUGCCACAGAUGUUCAUGAGCUGUUUGCACCCCCAAGAGAGUUGUUGCGAGAGCCAAAACCCAGACGAUUCAAAGCAAAGCCUUGGAAAGAUGCUGUUGAGAAACCAGAGACGGUGGGGAAAUCGUACACUGAGUUGCGCAGAGAAAGAGAGGAGUUUCGUCAGAAGUUGGUGCAACUCAUCUUAUGUGAGGAUGGACCACCAGAUGGAACUGAAGAGAUUGGAGGAACACAACUGGACUUACCGAGUCGGGAAGAAAGAGUUGUUUUACGUUAUUAUUACUAUAUUCGUCAAGGGGUGGACACAGUCCAUGUCACAAGACUUGCCAGUGAGUCUCUAAAGCGCAUCUUGCAUCUUGUUCCCACUAAACUGAAGAAAUGGAAAGAUUUGCGCCGGGCUCUGACUCAGGAAGUGAAGGAGGACUUCCUCAUGAGUGUGAAGAAAGCCAUUGUAGAUUUUGUUCUUCAAGACACUGCUGAGGGUGACAUGAGGAUUCCUGAGGAAGAUACUGAAGAAAGGAGGACUCUUAAAACAAUAAGUAAAUCAUGGAGUGCUUCUUAUGCUGCUGUCCGCAACAAAAAUUUACACAACCUUCAUGCUGUCAAUCCAUGCAUGGCCCAGGUUUUGGACCUUUGGCAAAAGAAUUAUACAGAGUUACGCCUCUUGGAGCUGCAAGAACUUUCAAAAGCCAGAUUAGCCGUUGAUCUGAUGGAAUUUCAAACUUGGAGCAGGAAAGCCAUUGAUUCUGCUAGAAACAAACUCCUGAAUGUCUGGUACCCUUCCAUACAGAGUAUUUAUAGUCAAGGCUACAAGAAGAAACUUGUUCCUAGCACAGAAAAUAAAACAGCCAACAGAAACUUUUUUAAUUGUCUUGCCACUCUAAUGUCAUACCAGUUGCAGUGUUUGGGCUUAUCCUCACUGCAUGAUUACAUGCAUUUCAUCAAUGAUAUUGGGUACUCUAAUCCAGGUUUUAAAGUGCAUUUGAAUCUUCGCCAAAAAACAAUCCAGUUUGAACCUGCCUUCCACAUGUACAGAGAUAUAUUAUGUAAAUUACUAGAUUUAUUGGUGGAAUCUGUUGGGGAUCUCCCUAGAAUGGAAAGUCGACUGUAUGCUGAUUGGGAUGGCCCUGUGGAGGAACUUCAUCCUGUAAUCCCUGAAGACCUAAUUGAGUCAUACAAAGAAAAUAUUAAGGAGCUCAUAGAAGAACACAGAAUAGGUGUUGAAAUGAGAGUAGAAGAUUUUGAUCCCUACAUAAAACUUGUCAACAGUGAGGCUCAAGAAGAACUUGAAGUCUUUUUAUCUGAAGAACACAACUUUGAAGAAUAUUGUGCUGAAGUCAAGAAGUAUUACAAAUUGCAAGUGGAAAUGCCAAUGAACCUAGAACACACAAUAACAAUGGGUAUAUUUGAUAUGCACCGAGCAGAAUUUAUUGGUGCUUUGGUUCACUCUGCAAAGAACCUCAAAGAGCAGCUGCUGGCCCGCAUGACUCAAGACUACCAAGAAAUGUGUAAAAAACUAGGUGAGGAGUAUGCAGAUAUUGCUGAACGAGCCCUCACAGUGCCAGAAUCUACUGAAGAAUUAAUGGCAUUAAUUGAAUAUGUGCAAGCAGUUGAGAGUGAUACUGUUGUGGAAAUGGAAGAUCGGCUUCGUGUUGUUGUGUCUUACAUGCUUUUCCUUGCUGAUUACACUACUUACUCUCCUAUUGAAAUGAAACACAAUUCCAUCACACUUCAGUGGUACAAUCGAAUGCCCAGUGUAUUUGAUGAUAACAGAGCAAUGUGUGAACAGAAAACAGUUGAAUUCCAAGAAGCAUUAAAGAUGAAAAUUGAAAGUUUUACUGCUGAUUUGGAGGCUUAUGCUAAACAAGUUGAGGAAUUCCCUAGCUAUGGUGAUGUUGAUGACCUACCAAAAUAUUUUAAGAAAAUGAAUCAACUAGAUGCUAAACUAGAGCAAGCAUUUGAACGUAUAGAACAAUUCAAUGCUGAAGAACGUGCUUUUAGCUUUGAAGAAACAGAUUAUCCUACAUUAAAAAUGCUCAAUGAAGCUCUUGGACCAUACAAGAAGCUGUAUUCAAAUGGCAUGGACUUUGUGGAGAAACAUCUAAUGUGGAUGUCUCAUCAAGUAGGUUCAUUUGAACCAGAGGAGAUAGAGAAUGAGACAGGUGCCUGCUAUCGCAACAUACACAAGUUGGAGAAAGCAUUGAAUGAUGCCCCAGCUGCAAAGAACCUUGCCACUGUUCUACUAGAGAAAAUAGACGAAUUUAAACAGCAUCAGCCAAUCAUAAAUACUCUUGGAAAUCCAGGCAUGAAAACAAGACAUUGGGAACAGGUGUCUGAAUUGGUUGGUUUUCCUCUCCGAGCCGACCCUGAUUUGACUUUAGCUCGUGUACUAGACUUAGGUCUUGAUGAAUAUGUACCUCGUUUGGAAGUCAUAAGUGAGUCAGCAACUAAAGAAAAUAAUUUAGAAAAGACUCUUGACAAGAUGAUGAAAGAGUGGGGAGAUAUGGAAUUUAUUGUUGUUCCUUAUAGGGACUCUGGAACAUAUAUUUUAUCCAGUGUGGAUGACAUUCAAUUAAUGUUAGACGAUCAUAUAACUAAGGUGCAAACAAUGAAAAAUUCACCCUAUAUCAAGCCUUUUGAGCAAACAAUACAAGUCUGGGAAGGUAAACUAAUGUUACUUCAAGAUGUUUUGGAUGACUGGCUCAAAGUGCAGAGCACUUGGUUGUAUUUAGAACCAAUUUUCUCUUCACCUGAUAUUCAACAGCAAAUGCCUGAAGAAGGAAGACGAUUUUCAGCUGUCGAUAAGGUGUGGAAAGAUAUCAUGAAAGCAGUCUUAACAGAUUUGCAUGUCCUGGUUGUUCUUGAAAUUGAGAAGUUAUCAGAACGCUUGAAAAAGAGCAAUCAAUUGUUGGAGCUAAUUCUCAAAGGCCUUAAUGAGUAUCUGGAGAAAAAACGUGCAUUCUUUCCAAGAUUCUAUUUUCUGUCUAAUGAAGAAUUACUUGAAAUACUUUCUGAAACCAAAGAUCCCACUCGAGUUCAGCCCCAUUUGAAAAAAUGUUUUGAAGGUAUAGCCAAGCUCACUUUUACUGAUGAUCUGGAUGUGACUGUGAUAAAAUCUAGUGAGGGUGAAGAGGUGGCACUGGUUGAUGUCAUAUCCACAAGCAAGGCUCGUGGGCAAGUUGAAAAGUGGCUUCUUGAACUCGAAGCGGAUAUGAAGAAAAGUGUUAGAAAGAUGGUUUGUGAUGCGAUGGAGGCUUAUCCAACAAAAGCUCGUUCAGAGUGGGUGUUUGACUGGCCUGGCCAAACGGUUCUAUGUGUUGCAAUGACUUAUUGGACUUCCCAAGUUCAUGAAAGCAUAAGAGGCGGUGAAAAGGGCUUGCAAGCCUUCCUUGAAAAGAGCAAUUUUGAAAUAGGUCAAAUAAUUGAAUUGGUUAGAGGCAAACUAUCAACGCAAACGCGUAUAACUUUGGGUGCCCUUGUGGUUUUGGAUGUCCAUGCUCGAGAUGUUUUAGCAGGCUUGGUUAAUCAGAAGGUAUCUAGAGAGGAUGAUUUUGCUUGGCUCUGUCAGCUUAGAUACUAUUGGGAAGAAGACCAAAUGGCUACUCGGAUGAUAAGUGCCCAAUUGAUGUAUGGGUAUGAGUACUUGGGUAAUUCACCUCGUCUUGUCAUAACGCCAUUGACAGAUCGUUGUUAUCGCACUCUCUUUGGAGCUCUGCAACUACAUCUUGGAGGAGCCCCUGAGGGCCCCGCAGGAACUGGAAAAACAGAAACAACCAAAGAUCUGGCAAAAGCUGUUGCAAAGCAGUGUGUUGUUUUUAACUGCUCCGAUGGUCUUGAUUAUAUUGCACUCGGAAAGUUCUUUAAGGGCUUAGCAUCUUGCGGAGCAUGGGCUUGUUUUGAUGAAUUUAAUCGUAUUGAUUUGGAAGUUUUGUCAGUAGUAGCUCAACAAAUCCUGACCAUUCAACGUGGAAUCAAUUCAGGAACUGAACGGAUUAUGUUUGAAGGUUCAGAUAUUCCUCUUGACCCUACUUGUUCUGUUUUCAUUACUAUGAAUCCUGGUUAUGCUGGUAGAUCUGAACUACCAGACAACCUUAAGGCUUUGUUCCGGUCUGUUGCUAUGAUGGUUCCAGACUAUGCCAUGAUAUCAGAAAUAGUACUGUAUUCAUGUGGCUUCAUCAAUGCCAGACCCCUAGCUGUGAAAAUUGUUGCCACUUACAAACUAUGCUCAGAGCAGCUUUCAUCUCAGUGUCAUUAUGACUACGGAAUGCGAGCAGUGAAAUCAGUUUUGAUUGCUGCGGGGAACUUAAAGCUGAGAUAUCCUGAAGAAUCAGAAGAUAUAUUGAUGCUGCGCUCCAUCAAAGAUGUUAAUCUGCCUAAGUUUUUGACUCAUGACUUACCUCUGUUUCUUGGAAUCACUUCUGAUCUAUUCCCUGGUGUCAUCCUACCCAAACCAUCAUAUGAUGUGUUGAACAAAGAAGUACGAGCUGCCUGCCAGUCAGCCAACAUCCAAUGUACUGAUCACUUUUUAGAAAAAGUUCAGCAAAUUUAUGAAAUGAUGAUUGUUCGCCACGGUUUUAUGAUUGUGGGCUUACCAUUUGGUGGAAAAACAACAGCUUACAGAAUGCUUGCUGAUGCCUUGGGAAAAAUUGAAGAAAGUGGAGAAAUGGAGGAAAAUAAAGUACAAAUUACUGUUAUAAACCCUAAGUCUAUCACUAUGGGUCAGUUGUAUGGUCGGUUCGACCCAGCAUCUCAUGAAUGGUCUGACGGUGUUUUGGCUAUUUGCUACCGCCAGUUUGCAGCUUCAACAUCACCUGAUAGGAAAUGGUUGAUAUUUGAUGGGCCUGUGGAUGCUAUUUGGAUUGAAAACAUGAAUACUGUGUUGGAUGACAAUAAAAAAUUAUGCCUUAUGUCUGGUGAAAUAAUUCAGUUGUCUCCAACCACUAAUCUUAUUUUUGAGCCAAUGGACUUGGAGGUGGCCUCUCCUGCUACGGUUUCCCGUUGUGGAAUGAUAUACAUGGAGCCUUCCACUCUGGGCUGGGAAGUCAUCGUGGUAUCAUGGUUGAAUACUUUACCCACAGCAAUCAAUGAUCAUAACAAGACUAUGAUUAAGUCUAUGUUUUUGCGAUUUUGCCCACCUCUUCUUUGGAUAAUUAGGAGAGGAUACACAAAGGAAAUUUCUCCCACUCUUGAUUCUAAUCUUGUUCGAUCGCUUACAAGAAUUUUUGAUUGUUAUAUGGAUGAUUUUGGAGAUCCUGCUUUUGUAGAAGGUAUCUCAGACUUGGAUAUUAGAGCCCAGCUAGAGGGUGUGUUUUUCUUUUCAUGCAUUUGGGCUUUGGGGGGCAACUUAGAUUCUGCAAGCAGAGAGAAGUUCAGCACGCUAUUUCGGGGUUUGCUUGAAAAAGAAUUUCCUGCAAAACUUAAGUCAGACUUUGGACUUUUAGAAAAUGUUCCUCCACCUGUGAAAAACUACAUUUUUACCAUUCCAACUGAUGGCCAGGUGUUUGACUACAAAUUCAUUAAAGAGGGUAAAGGAAAGUGGAAACUGUGGGCAGAUGAUCUUGCUAACUGCCCCCCUAUUCCACGUGAUGUUCCUGUUAAUCAGAUCAUAGUUCCUACUAUAGAGACAAUACGAUGCACCACUCUUAUGAUGAUGCUCUCCACUCACAUGAAGCCUUUGAUGUUAAUUGGUCCAACUGGAACAGGAAAAUCAGUGUACACCUCAGAUUUUCUCUUGAAGAAGCUUGAUUCCAAUCAGUACAAGGCCCUCUUUAUUAACUUUUCUGCUCAAACAUCGGCAAAUCAGACCCAGGACAUCAUAAUGAGUAAACUGGAUAAGCGACGGAAAGGUGUUUAUGGACCACCAUUGGGCAAAGUUUGUGUUGUCUUUAUUGAUGAUGUGAGCAUGCCUAUGAAGGAGACCUAUGGUGCACAGCCACCUAUUGAAAUUUUGAGACAGCUCCUAGACCAUGAACAGUGGUAUGAUCGCAAGGACAUUGUGCCCAUGAAAAUAGUUGAUUUAUUGAUGAUGUGUGCAAUGGGUCCACCUAGUGGAGGCAAUACUGUUACACCACGAUUUUCUAGACAUUUCAACCAACUCUGUAUUAAUGAAUUUAAUGAUGAAACUAUGAUAGCUAUUUUCAGCAAAAUUAUGCUAUGGCACCUUGACACAAGGGGUUUCAGCAAGGAGUUUGAUCCAUGUAUCGAUGAAAUAGUUCUUGCCACAUUAGAUGUCUACAAACAAAGUUUAUCAAACUUACUUCCAACUCCCACCAAAUCUCAUUAUUUGUUCAAUCUCCGAGACUUCUCAAGAGUUAUUCAGGGUGUGCUCCUUUCUGUUCCUGAGACAAUGGAGGAUCUCAUUGCUAUGAAAAGGUUGUGGGUUCAUGAAGUGCUUCGUGUUUACUAUGACCGCUUAGUUGAUGACAACGACCGCUCUUGGUUAAUAAACACAUUACAUGCAAUUUGUAAGCCAAGGCUAUCAGAGGACUUGAACAAAAUGUUCUCUCGAAUAGCUACCCCAGGGCAACCUGUCGGUGAAGCUGAACUCCGGAAAUUAAUAUACUGCGACUUUACUGAUCCAAAAGCUGACACACGUCAUUAUCUAGAAGUUCAAGAUUUGGAUCACCUCAGGGGUGUAACUGAAGGCUAUCUCGUUGAAUUUAAUAACAUGACAAAAAAACCUAUGAACCUUGUUCUCUUUAGGUUUGCUGUAGAGCACUUAUCUCGGAUAUGCCGAAUUCUGAAACAGCCAAGGAGUCAUGGUCUUCUUGUUGGAGUGGGUGGUUCUGGAAGGCAGUCCCUUACUAGACUAGCAACACACAUAUCAGAAUAUGACUUUUAUCAGGUUGAGAUGACUAGGACAUAUGGAUCUGAUGAGUGGCACGAAGAUCUGAAGAACAUUCUAAGCAAGACAGCAGGCACUGAUGUCCAUGGCGUUUUCCUGUUUACUGACACUCAAAUCAAGGAAGAAACCUUCCUAGAAGAUAUAAAUAACUUGCUGAAUUCUGGGGAAGUUCCAAAUCUUUUCCCAUCGGAUGAGAAAAUGGAAAUCUGUGAAAAGAUGAGAGUUCUUGACCGCCAAAAGGAAAAGUCUCAGCAGACUGAUGGAAGUCCUGUUGCUUUGUUCAAUAUGUUUGCUCAAAUUGUUAGAGAACAACUGCACAUUGUAUUAGCAAUGAGUCCUAUUGGUGAUGGAUUCCGCAACAACAUCCGCAAAUUCCCAUCUAUUGUUAAUUGUUGCACAAUCGAUUGGUUCCAGCCGUGGCCGGAAGAUGCACUUCAGGCGGUUGCAACACGAUUCCUAAGUGAAAUUGAGCUUCCACAUUCUGAAAGAGAGGCUUGUAUUGAAACUUGCAAAAUGUUUCAUACCAGUACUCACUCUCUAUCAAGGGAAAUGUUGACAAGAUUCAAUCGAAAAAGCUAUGUUACACCAACUUCUUAUCUUGAACUAAUUUCCACUUUUAAGACUCUUUUGUCCAAAAAAAGAUCAGACAUCCUCACUGUCAAAUCAAGGUACGAAGUUGGGCUUGGGAAGUUGGAUAGCGCUGCUGAACAAGUAGGACUCAUGCAAAAUGAACUAGUUGCAUUGCAGCCAAAGUUGCUUGAGGCUUCAGCUCAGGUUCAGGUCAUGAUGGCCAAAGUUGAGUCAGAAAGUGCUGAUGUUGCAAAGGUUGCAGAGGUAGUAAAAGCAGAUGAAGAGGUUGCCAAUGAACAGGCAGCAGCUGCCCAGGCUAUCAAGGAUGAAUGUGAUGCUGACUUGGCAGAGGCAUGGCCUAUAAUGGAGGCUGCCCUGGCAGCACUUAACACACUCACUCCAGCAGACAUUACUGUAGUGAAAGCAAUGAAGAACCCUCCCAAAGGUGUCAAGAUUGUCAUGGAAGCUAUCUGUAUCCUCAAGGAAGUUAAACCAGAUCGUAUUCCAGACCCCACUUCUGGAAAGAUGACAGAAGACUACUGGGGCCCUUCAAAGAGAGUUUUGAACGACAUUAAAUUCCUAGAAAGCUUGAUUUUGUAUGAUAAAGACAAUAUACCACCUGCCAUUAUGCAGAAAUUGUUUAAAUCAAUUCUGAAUGAUGAAAGUUUUGAUCCUGACAAGAUCAAGUCUGCAUCUACUGCUGCUGAGGGCUUAUGCAAAUGGGUUAUAGCGAUUUCCAAAUAUGAUAAAGUAGCUAAAGUAGUUGCACCUAAAAAGGCUCGAUUGGCAAUAGCUGAGGGUCAGUAUUCAGUGGCCAUGCAAGCAUUGGAGGUGAAACGGAAUCAACUGAAAGAAGUUCAAGAUAAGUUAAAGAAACUGGAAGAUGUUCUGGAAUUGAACAAAAGUCGCAUGCAAGAACUUCAAGAUGACACGGAUCUUUGUAAACUUAAACUUCAAAGAGCUGAGGAAUUGAUUGGAGGCUUGGGUGGAGAGAAAUCAAGAUGGAUGUCCACAGCUAAAGCGUUAGGAGAGCGUUAUUACAUGUUAACUGGUGAUGUUUUGAUUGGGGCUGGUGUUGUGGCCUAUCUGGGGCCAUUCCCUGCUCAAAUGAGAGCAAAGCAAAUUUCAGAAUGGAUUCAGUUGGUGUCUAGUUUUAGCAUAGUUUGCUCAUCUGAUUUUGCUCUGACUACCACUCUAGGAGAUGCAGUGGAAAUUCGUCAAUGGAAUAUAUUUGGACUACCAACUGAUUCAUUCUCUGUAGAAAAUGCCAUUAUUGUCAAAAAUGCUCGUCGUUGGCCUUUAAUUAUUGAUCCACAAGGUCAAGCCAACCGCUGGAUUAAAAAUAUGGAGAAAGCUAACAAUUGUUCUGUUGUUCGAUUAUCAAAUCCCGACUACAUGCGUGUGCUGGAAAAUUGUAUCCAAUUCGGUCAGCCUGUCCUUAUGGAAAACUUGGGAGAAGAUCUGGAUGCUGUUCUGGAACCCCUACUUCUUCGACAAGUUUUUAAACAAGGAGCAGGAAUGUGUAUAAAACUAGGAGAUAGUGUUGUAGAGUAUAAUGACAAUUUCCGAUUUUAUAUGACAACAAAACUGCGAAAUCCACACUACUUACCAGAAAUAGCUGUGAAAGUCACACUCUUGAACUUCAUGAUUACACCUGAUGGGUUGCAAGACCAGCUGUUGGGUAUAGUCGUUGCCAAAGAACGACCUGAUCUGGAAGCUGAAAAGAACCAGCUUAUUGUUCAAGGAGCAGAAAAUAAGAGAAUGCUGCAGGAGAUUGAGGAUAAAAUAUUGUUUGUCUUAUCAUCUUCUGAGGGCAAUAUACUUGAAGAUGAAACAGCUGUUCAAAUCCUUAGUUCAUCUAAAUCUCUUGCCAAUGAAAUAGCUGAGAAACAAUCAGUUGCUGAAGUGACUGAAAAAUCAAUUGAUUCUGCCAGACUAGUCUACUCUCCCAUUGCGGUGCACUCAACCAUUCUCUUCUUCACGACAGCGGACUUGGCAAAUAUUGACCCAAUGUACCAGUAUUCUUUGUCAUGGUUUGUUAAUUUAUUCAAAAUGACUAUUGAUAACACAGAUCCUGUAGAUGAAGUAAAUCAACGAAUUGUCGGUCUCAUCAAUGGUUUUACCUAUGCUCUGUAUUGCAAUAUCUGUCGCAGUCUUUUUGAAAAGGACAAGCUCCUGUUUUCUUUGGUACUAUGUGUUAAUUUAAUGAAACAAGAAAACAAAGUAAAUGGGGAGGACUGGAUGUUUUUCCUAACAGGAGGAGUGGGCUUGGAUAAUCCACAUCCCAACCCAACCGUAUGGUUGGAUUCUCCUUCUUGGGACACUAUGUGUCGUUUGGAUGACAUUCCCUCAUUCCAAGGUAUACGUGCUGAUUUUGAAAGUAACGUAGGAGCGUGGAAGUCAUAUUUUGACAGCGCAGAGCCUCAAAACACAGCCAUCCCUGGAUCCUGGAAUACAAAGCUAAAUGAAUUCCAAAAACUUCUCAUUUUGAGAGCCUUACGAGCUGAUAAAGUUGUCUCAGGCAUUCAGAAUUAUCUUUCCGCCAAUAUGGGAAGCAAAUUUGUGGAGCCACCACCUUUUGAUUUGAUUUCAUCAUUCAAUGACUCGCAUAGCUGCAUUCCUCUCAUAUUCAUUUUGACUCCGGGUGCAGAUCCUACAGCAAUUCUCUUGAAAUUUGCUGAUGAUCAGGGAUUUGGUACCAAUCGCUUAUUUUCUCUGUCACUGGGACAAGGCCAAGGGCCAAUAGCAGUGAAACUGAUAGAGGAAGGUGUGAAAAGCGGUACAUGGGUUGUUUUGCAAAAUUGCCAUCUGGCCAAAAGCUUCAUGCCUACACUGGAAAAGAUUGUGGAAAACUUGUCACCCGAAAACACUCAUCCUGACUUUCGUUUAUGGUUGACUUCCUAUCCUACUGAACAUUUCCCUGUACUGGUUCUGCAAAAUGGUGUGAAAAUGACCAAUGAGCCACCUAAAGGACUGCGGGCCAAUAUAAUUCGGUCCUUCUUGAGCGAUCCUAUUACAGACCCAGAGUGGUUUGAAAGUUGUCAUCAGAGCGACAUAUUCAAACAAAUGUUGUUUGCUCUGUGCUUUUUCCAUGCUGUGGUUCAAGAGCGACGCAAAUUUGGUCCUCUUGGCUGGAACUUCCCCUAUGAGUUCAAUGAAACAGAUUUGCGAAUAAGCGUACAGCAACUUCACAUGUUCUUGGAUUUGUAUGAGGAGGUCCAAUAUGAUGCUCUUCGAUAUCUUACUGGUGAAUGCAACUACGGUGGAAGAGUGACAGAUGACUGGGAUAGAAGGUGCUUGAACACCAUCCUCUCAAAGUUUUAUUGUUCUGAACUUGUAGGAAAUGCUGAUUAUGCCUUUGAUCCAUCUGGAAAGUACAAAGUGCCAAUUUAUAAAGAAUAUGAGGCUUACCUUUCAUAUAUCAAGAGCCUCCCCUUGAUAACACAUCCUGAGGUGUUUGGGAUGAAUGAAAAUGCUGAUAUAAUCAAAGAUCAGCAGGAGACAAGUCUUCUGUUGUCUACAAUACUUCUGACUGAGGAUAGAGUUGAUCUCUUAGCAUUAGAGAAGAUGGAAGCGGAUGUGGCUGCAGCUGGGACUGGAAAGAAGUCUCAAGAUGAGGUCGUCAUUGAGCAAUCUGCCGAUAUCAUCAGCAGGCUGCCAGCCAACUUCGAUACGGAAAUUGCAAUUUUGAAGUACCCAACAAUGUACGAACAGUCCAUGAAUACGGUUCUUAUUCAAGAAAUGGGUCGGUUCAAUAUUUUAUUGACAUGUAUUAGGGAAAGUUUAAUCAGUGUUCAAAAGGCAAUCAAAGGAGAAAUAGUCAUGUCCUUAGAAUUGGAAGGUGUGGUGAACAGUCUUCUUACUUCAAGGAUUCCUGCUGUAUGGGCCAAAAAGUCGUACCCUUCACUAAAACCACUUGGGAGUUAUAUAAAUGAUUUUCUUCUGAGGUUGGAAUUUCUUCAGAAAUGGUAUGACAAUGGCCCCCCAGCAGUUUUCUGGUUGUCUGGAUUUUACUUCACUCAAGCAUUUAUGACAGGAGCCCAACAAAACUAUGCCAGGAAAUACUCUAUUCCUAUUGAUUUACUCACUUAUGAUUUUGAGGUUCUUGUUGAUGAAAAACCACAGAGUCCACCUUCUGAUGGUGUCUAUAUUCAUGGUCUUUUCCUUGAUGGAGCCCGCUGGAAUCGUGAUAGCAAAACUUUAGAUGAGUCAUAUCCUAAAAUUUUGUCAGACCCAGUGCCUGUGAUUUGGUUCCAACCUAUCAAAGUUGCAGAUGUGAAGGAGAGGGGUACUUAUAACUGUCCCCUUUACAAAACAAGUGAGAGGCGUGGGGUCCUUGCUACCACAGGUCAUUCCAGCAACUUCAUCAUUGCUAUAAAAAUCCCCACAUCCAAACCACCAGAUCAUUGGAUAUUGAGGGGCACUGCUCUGCUGUGCCAGCUUUCUUCCUGAUGAAGUUUAUUGAUAAAUUUGCUAUUUUAGUUGCAAAGUUGUGUGUCAUUAGUUAAAAGGAUUAAAAUUAAAAAGGAUUUUUUAAGUAA